UCGCCUCCGAUCGCCCGCCCGGCACUGUCCACCCCGCGUGUCUCCAAGCCCGGCCUGUCCACGCGCUUCGGGGCGCGGGUGCCAUGUCCUGAGCGUCCCCCAGCCCGGCUAUGCGCCAUCGCCAUGGCCCUCCUGGGCGCGUGGCUCUCGGACGCGCAGUGGCCGCUCCUGGUGUCCCUCUUCGUCGUGGCCCUGGGCACCGUGGGCCUGUACCUGGCGCAGUGGGCGCUGGCCAGGGAGCGGAGCCACGAACAGCCCGGAGAGGGGCCGCCCCUCUCGACCGAGCCCCAGCCGGAGCCCGAGCCUGAUGCCCUGCUCGCCUGGAUCCUGUCGCGCAAGAGCUGGAGGAGCCAGUGGCAGGCCGCCUGGGUGCGUGCCCUGAACCAGGAGGCCAGGAGAAGAGGGGGCCCCCUGGACCUCAGCUUCGAGGAGGACCCCCAGGAGCGGCUGCUGGAGCUGGCACUGCAGCGAGUGUCCAUCGAGGCCAAGUCAGCGCAGGAGAAGGUGCUGUCCUGCCUGGUGGUCGGAGAGACCCUGCAGUUCGCAGCCAGCAAGGCCCCCACCCCAGCCGACGCGGGUCCCCAGCUGUAUGACGUGCGGCUGUCACCACUCCGCCUGCAGCUGGAGCUGCAGGUGACGGAAAAGCAGGAAGACAUCGCGGUGAGCUGGACCUUCCUCUGCACCCCCGAGAUGGCGGUCACCGUGCAGCCCUCGGCCCCUGGUGAGGUCUGUGCUGGGGAGACUGAGGUCGUGUGCACGCACCUGAGGAAUCUACUGAGGCAGCUGGUGGGGUCUGUCUCCCCGUCCCUGGUGCUGAGCAUUACGCCCAUGGAUGCCCGUAGAGUCCAGAACCGACUGCAGACGCCCCUGCCCUCUGUGGCCCCUGAAUCCUGCCCCCCGAAGCCCCCCAGGGCCCACGAGUUGAAACUGCAGGUGAAGAAAGUCUGUGCCACGCUGCUCCCGGCUCCUCCGGAAGGUGGCCUCAGCCCACGGUGCGUCCUUCGACUCAACGACCCCUCCCAGAAAUUCUCCAGCACCCUCGCCCGCAACACCAGCAACCUCGCGUGGGAGGAAGAAUUCACCUUUGAGCUGAAUGCCAAAUCCAAGGAGCUGGGCCUGGAGAUCUCAGAGGAUGGCUGGUCCUCAGAAGCCCUGCUGGCGGCCACCACCAUCCCCCUGGACUUAUUUAAGAAACAGCCUUCGGGACCCCAGAGCUUCACGCUGACCUCCCCGGACGGUGCCACCCUGGGCUCGGUGACUGCAGAGUUUUCCUAUGUAGAACCCGGUGAGGCCAAGUCCUGGGCCUCCCCUCUGCCCGUGCCCAUGCCCAUGCCCGCGGCCACGGUGGAGAAGGACCGUACGGUGAUGCCCUGCGGCACGGUGGUCACCACGGUCACCGCAGUGAAGACCAAGCCCCGCUUCGACGCAGGCAGCGCGACCCCGCAGAGCUCCGCCUCUCCCCUGAGGACGCCCAUCAAGGUCAAGGUGUUGGAGAAGGACAUCUCAGUCCAGGCCCUGAGCUGCCACCACGCGCCCGUCAGCAAGACGCUGUCCUCGUCAGACACGGAGCUGCUGGUGCUGGGCAGCUCCGACCCUGUGGCCGAGGUGGCCAUCCGCCAGCUCAGCGAGUCAUCCCGGCUGAAGCUCAGGUCCCCGCGCAAGAAGAGCACCCUCAUUAUCUCAGGCGUCUCCAAGACGUCUCUCUCCCAGGAUAGCGAGGCCGCCCUCAUGCUGGACUACGCAGCGUCCAUGGACCGUGCCCGCCACGACCCCUCGCCCUCGCCCCCGGGGGACGUCACAGUCCAGGACCCGCUUGAGGGGGUCGCGGCAGCCCCAGCCCCACCAUCACCCGAGGUCUCCGAGAACCCCGACAUCAAGCCUGACUCCUGGCACCCCGAGAAGGAGACGUUGGCAGCAGCCUGGGAUGGCCCAGAUUCCCUGGAGCCUGAGGGGGACGCGCUGUCAGAAAAUUCCCUGAGCGUCUCAGAGCCAGAGGCCCCCAAAAAGCAUAAAGGAGGGAUCCUCAGGAAAAGCGCCAAGCUCUUCUUCCGUCGGCGCCACGCGCACCGGGAGCCGGGCCUGAGCCAGUCCCACAACGACCUGGCGGCCCUGAAGACCCCCGAGGGCACCCGCAGAAAAGGGGCCACCCUGGGCCGCAUCCUCAACCGGAAGCUGCUCUCCAGGCAUAAAAACAAGAGCGUCGCGAAUGGCACCUCAGCGGACCCCUGCGCCUAGCCCGGGCCUUGUGGUCUGGACUCAAGAACCUUCUCAAAAGGACAGGUUGGGGGACUCCAUGCUGACGAGUUCAUGUGUGAACCCUCCUCUGCACCCCCACUGUGAGCCCGUGGGUCCCCCGCAUUCUCUCCUGGGACAGAGAUGGGGACACUUGGUGGGGUUGGGGCAAAAGACAGGAGAAUGCACAGACCCCUCGCUGUGACCUGAACCUGCAAACACUACAGCGGUCUCUGCUCUGCA